AUGUCAAAGCGACCGGCCCUGGAGCCUCUCGAGGAAAUGUACGACGCGCCGUCGCCAGCUAUGAAGCGCCCAAAAGUCGAGGAUGAAGAGAUGGAAGACUCCGAUACGAACGGCGCGACUGGCAAUGGCCACCUCAUGGCUCCCCGACCGCAAGACCAAGACAAGAUAGACAUUCUUGAAGAAGCCGGCGCAUUGGACGACGAAGACGGUGACGAGCCCGCAGUCGCCGCGCCAAAACGCCAGAGUGCGCCAGAAGCCGGAUACACCGAUCUUUACCUCGACACAAUAAACCGCAAAGUCCUUGACUUUGACUUUGAGAAGCUAUGCUCCGUCACGCUGUCCAACAUCAACGUAUACGCCUGUCUCGUAUGUGGGAAAUACUACCAAGGUCGGGGGCCAAAGUCACAAGCAUACUUUCAUGCGCUGGAAGAGGGACACCACGUAUACGUCAACAUGGAGACGAAGAAGGUCUAUGUGCUUCCAGAGGGCUAUGAAGUGACGUCCAAGUCGCUAGACGACAUCAAGUUUGUCGUAGACCCACGCAUGAGCAAGGAGGAGGUAGCAAAGCUGGACAAGGAGCCAAAAGUGUCGUGGGAUCUCUCAAAUCGCGAGUACAUACCAGGCUUUGUGGGCAUGAACAACAUCAAGGCAAACGACUACUUCAACGUAGUGAUACAAGCCCUCUCCCACGUCGUCCCACUGCGCAACUACUUCAUGCUCGAAGACCUCUCCAACCGACCGCAACUCGCCCAGCGCUUCAGCACCCUUGUGCGCAAGAUCUGGAACCCACGCGCCUUCAAAACCCACGUCUCACCGCACGAGCUCCUCCAAGAAAUCGCCCUCCGCUCCUCGAAACGCUUCACCCUAACCGACCAAUCCGACCCCGUCGACUUUCUCUCCUGGUUCCUCAACAACCUCCACCUCGCCGUCGGCGGCUCGCGCACAAAACCCCACAGCAGCAUCAUCCAAAAAGUCUUCCAAGGCACCCUCAAAAUCGAACAACAAGAAAUCACCGCCCGCGCCGACGCCGGCGACCGCCUCCGCUUCGAAGACGCCGCCGUCCAAACAACAACCUCGCACUUCCUCGUCCUAACCCUCGACCUCCCCGCCGCACCCCUCUUCCAAGACGCCCUCGAAAAAAACAUCAUCCCCCAAGUCCCCCUCGUAAACAUCCUCUCAAAAUACAACGGCGUAACUCCUCAAGAGAAAUCAAAGAACCGCGUCCGAUACCGUCUUCUACACCCCCUCCCCCCCUACCUCCUCUUCAACAUCAAACGCUUCUCGAAAAAUAAAUUCGUCGCAGAACGCAACCCCACUAUCGUCACCUUCCCCGUUCACUCCCUCGACAUGUCACCCUACGUCGAACCGAAUCCCGCGGAAUACCCCCCAGGUGAACCCAUAUGGUACGACCUCGUCGCCAACAUCACGCACGAAGCUGUCAAGAAGAAAGACGAUAGCGUGGAGGGCGAGCUUGAGAGCAAGAUUUGGAGGGUACAAGUUAAAGAUCGCGCGAGGGAGGAGUGGUAUGGAAUUCAGGAUUUGUUUGUGGAGAAGGAGAGGGCGGAGACGCUGUUUACAAAGGAGGCGUAUCUGAUGGUUUGGGAGAGGAGAAAGGGGCAGGGCGGGAGGAGCAGGAAGUGA